AACUUUCUUACGAUAGCCUUCCGCUGAACGACAUAGUGCUCGCAGCGCUCUCGCAUUUUGAUGAUUGCGGAUACGGCACACAAAACUGAGCUUCGGGAUUAGAAACCUCCGUCGUUUUGGCAACCGGAAGACGUUACAGCUGUAUUUUUUUCUGUGUAAAAACACCCCGUCUCUCAAAGGCGUUUGAAAUCGGACACCGCUGGCAUUGAGGCCCUCACUUUUGUGCGGAGGGAUACGGUGUGUCGUCUGACAAUGUGGACGGAGGUGGUGAAGAUGUCUACGAGAAGAAUGAAAUCAUCUCAGUUGUAACAACAAAAAAGGAAGACGCGAGAUUAGUUACUAUAAUAGAUUUGUUUGCACACAGACUUGUUACAUUGAAGCAAACACGUGGGCGCUGUGUGAAAAACAGGCUAACCGGGACAAAAGGAAGACAUCUACGGUGCUCCAAUGCGUUUCAUGCACUGAGGUCGAAAUUCUCUUGAAGUUUUAUGUUUUUCCCCUUGCGAGUCUCCGCUUUUCUUUUUACUGUUGGAUAUCAGACACUUGGAGAGGAGAGGGUUUAUUAGAGACUGAAGGGUAUGAACGAACAGCAGCAAAGAAUGGCUGCAGUGGGAACUGACAAGGAACUCAGCGACCUCCUGGAUUUCAGUGCGAUGUUUGCGCCUCCAGUAGCCAACGGGAAGAACAGGACAAUGACACUCGCCAGCAGUCAGUUUGGUGGAUCAGCAAUAGACGAGCGCAGCGGCUCUGGGUCUUGGGCUCCAGCAGAACAGAACAGUCCCUCUUUCAGCCAAGGACGGGGCUAUCCCGAAGGCUCCCACUACAGUGAGCAUGAAGGGUUGUCCUCUCCUUUCAUCAGUUCAGGAGUCGCAGGUAAAAAUGAGAGGCCACCGUACCCUCCGUUUGGAAGCCAGCCUGGUUUUCUUCCUAGCGACAUAGCGAUGCCCAGCCCAGAUGCCAUGUCCCCCUCCGGCCUGAAAUCCGGCUCCCAGUUUUACCCGUCAUACCCCAACAACCCCAGGAGAAGGCCGCCUGAUGGAGGCAUAGACACCCAGCCAAAGAAGAUUCGGAAACCCCCUGGCCUGCCGUCCUCGGUGUAUGCUUCCACAUCUGGUGAUGAGUAUUCCAGAGACAAUGGAGGAUAUCCCGGUGCUAAGCCUGGAGCUGUCUACCCUGGCUCUUUCUAUAUGCAAGAAGACCCCUGGUCGUCUUCUGGCUACUCUGCCAUGCUGGGUAACUCACCUCACAUUGGACAGCCAGGCUCCUUCUCUGCAAUUAACCCACAGGACAGGAUGAAGCGUCAACCCCUGCCUCUGUCCCCACAGAACUAUCCUCUGCAUGGCAGCGAAGUCAACGGCUUCCACUCAGCCCCUACCACCUACAACCACACACCCACCAUCAACGGAGAAGGCAUCAUGGCCAACCGAGGCACCACAGCUGGCAGUUCAGGGGAUGAAAUUGGGAAGGCUCUUGCCUCAAUUUACCCGUCGGACCACAACAGUAAUAACUUCCCCUCAGCUCCAUCUACUCCUGGAUCUCCUCAGGCUAUUGCAGGAGCUCAGUCUCAGUGGCAAAGACCAACCACACCCAACUAUGAAGGGCAACCACACACACUGCAGAGUAAAAUGGAGGACCGUUUGGAGGAGGCCAUCCAUGUACUGCGUAGCCAUGCUGUGGGCCAGGGUCCUGGCUUAGAGGGCGCCCACUCCGACAUGCACAGCCUGCUGUCCUCAGUACACAAUGGGGGCCUUGGGGGCCUCUCUCCAGCUUUCCCCAAUGCUAGCCUUGCCCUCAGCAACAGACAUCCUGCUAUGCAGCAAGGGAAACAUGAGGAGCCCACAGGCCUUCCUCCCAGCAGCACUCUUCUGCACGGUCAUCACGCAUCCGGACCCACACCGUCAGUUGGCCAACCGGAGGGCUUUACCAGUCUCCCUGGUGGUAUGGCCCGCUCCACACACUCCUCCAGCAGCUCAGACAUCAAAAGAGAAGACAAAGAGGACGAUGAAAACUCAUCUGUUGCAGACAAAUCAGAUGAUGAAAAGAAGGACUCCAAGGCAGCACGCAGUCGAACAAGUCCAGAGGAAGAUGACGAGGACCUUCCCCCUGAGGUGAAGAUGGAGCGCGAGAGGGAACGGCGAGUGGCUAACAAUGCCCGCGAGCGUCUCAGAGUACGGGACAUCAACGAGGCAUUUAAGGAGCUUGGGAGGAUGUGCCAGCUGCACCUCAGCCAUGACAAACCUCAGACCAAACUUCUCAUCCUGCACCAAGCCGUCAAUGUCAUCCUCAAUUUAGAACAACAAGUCAGAGAGCGUAACCUUAACCCCAAGGCAGCAUGUUUAAAACGCCGUGAGGAGGAGAAGGUGUCCGGGGUGGUGGGUGAGGCAGCCAUGCAGCUCUCAGGAGGCCAUCCUAGUAUGGGAGGAGAUGGCCACAACCCAGUUGGCCACAUGUAACACCAGAUCUGGUGGUGUUUCCUUGGCUGUCAGAGGAUGUGGCCUUAACAGAUUUCUUCCACCCAUUAUUCUCAGUGUGUGUGUGUAUAUGUGGACAUGUCUGUGUAUUGUCCGUUCAAGUUUCAAGAUGCACAUUCACACACUCGUACACACAUGCAUACUGCCAAAACUGACACAGCCUGUUUGUCGCACUCCCAACCAUGACUACAAGCUCAAAUGUGAAGAACUUUUUUUAGUUUUGCUUUGUUUUAUACAUGUAAGAUUUUUUUUUUUCUUCUUGGUUUCCACAAGAAUUAUGGAAUACCGGAGUACUUUUUGUCCUGCCACAAAUUGGGACUUCACACACUGCCGAGAGGUGCUCUUGUGAAAGAAAGGAGACCUAAACAAACACAAAUUGAAUCAAGGAUUUGUGCCUAAUUGUUACAUGUUUUCUAUUUGACAUUUAAGCAAAUUGCUUUACAUGUGAGGAACAUUUAUUGUGAGGGAUUGCUUAUGUGUAUGAGCAAUUAUUUUUAAUGUAUGUCAUUCCCAGCGUGAUGGUACAGUCUUACAUAUGUUAUGUAACCAAGCCCAUAGUUGAAGUUGAAUUGUCUAAAUUCAGUGACCUUUCCUUGAUCUUAUCGUAAAAUGUUUGGGGAAGGCAAUGGAAAGGUCACUAGGGAAAGGUCAAAGUUUUGACAGUCCAAAAGCAGCUUAUAAAAGACGGGAACUCUGGCCCAGAGGCAGUCUCUGACUGAAGCCCGUUCUCAUCCCACAAGGCAUCUGGAGGCUUGGAAUAGAAGACUCCUUCCUUGAAGGUUUAUGAAUUAUCCAAAUGGUAGAGUCUGUCGACUACAAAACUGUUCUUCCUAUUUGUUGACCACAAAUUCUAGAGUUACUCCAGUAAUCCCUUGUCAUAGGUUCAGGUUUUUGUACUGCUUUAUGUACUAAAGCAUACAUAGACCAGAUAAAGCACAGUUGUAUAGGUUUAGGCUGGAAGUUAAGCGUCGAACCUGUUGUGCAUUUCAGUCCCUGAAAAUCUUGUACAAAAGCCAUUUGAGACACUUGCUAAGUGAUCAGCACCACUUAGUGCUCUUACUUACUUGAAAUGGUUUACUGACAAUGCCGGCAGACUUAACAGCUGAAGUCUUUCCCCCUUAAUUGAUGUUCUGUAAAAGACAAAAAAAAUCUGGGUUCCUUUGACGGAGGGAUCUCAUCAGUCCGCAGUUGUUUGAAGCAGACAAGCCUUUGUAUGACAGAGGCUUUCUUUUCCUAAAUGAGCAUUCCCACUGAAUUACAGCCCCUCACCUUCCUCCUGAGUAAGUUUGUCACAUUUCUUACCGAGAGAAGUGUGACGUGUAAAUUCACUUCAUACAUUACUCUGAUAUGUUUCAUUUUUCAAAAUUAAAUAUAUAUAAAAAUAUAUAUUUUUUGUUAGUCUAUACAUUGUAGAUUUUUUACAUAAAUGGCAAUAUUAGUUUGAAGUUUAGAGUGUAUUGUAGAUGAGCUGAAUGGGAAGGGGAUAUUUGACAUUUAAAUGAAAUUGUUCAAAAAUUAAUUCAAAAUUGAACCGGGAUGACCGAGGACAUGGGGUCAGCAGAUGAAAAAUGUUGAAAGCGUUUGGUGUAUCCUUUAUUCCAGUUUAAGUUGUAAAGCUUAUCAUCAGCUACCCAGAUGAAUUUUUUCUUUCCAUUUGGGGGUAUGUGGACAGCGUUUGUGCCACAGUCCUGUUGAAGUGUUCUUACUUUAGCAGUGAGGCACUGAGGAAAAAUGUGGGAAGGGAUUUUUGUCUCUAACAGUAAUUAUGCAACUGGUUUUUGAAUGUAGCUACCAUACAAAUGUGGAUCACCUUCAUUUUCAAUGUUGUGUUCCUGCGUUUUUUUUUUUUUUUUUUUUUCUCAGUACAGUAUAGUAGAUUUCAUUUCACCUUUCUCUAAUGUCUGCCCUCAACAAAGUGGCCCUCAGUGUGCGGCUCACUUUUUAGUAGCCCGCGCAUUUAUUUUGGAGGCAGACGUCGGUAUUUGGGUGUAAGGUAAUGGAUAAUAAGGAGAACAAAACAGUGUUAUUGUGAUGUUAUUCCCAUGUCAUGUCAUGUUGUGAAUGGUUUUUACCAACAUGUAAUCACAUAUGGGAGGUAGAGCAUUUUGUGUGUUUAAUUUCUACAAAAAGAGAUGAAGAAAAAGACCUAUACAAAUCAAUAGUGUGGCCUUUUCAUUCUCAAGACUUAAGAUGACAUGAUGGGAGAGUGAUACCUUAUCAGUGCCUGAACUUGUAUUUUCAUUUAAGACAGUUUUAUUUUGUGAACCAUAUCAUUUCAUUUAUCAUGGAGAUUAAAGAGGUACUUGUUCAUUCCCCCACCCUCCCUUCUCCUAAUGCUUUUUUCAAUUUUCAGGAAGAAGUUUAAAUGGUAUAAAGAGAUUUUCUUUCAGUGUAUCUAGUUAAAUAAAUAAAUGUUACGUAGAUCUUGUUUAGUUUUAUUCCUUUUUUUCUAAUUAUUCAACUGGAUUAUAUUGUCCAAACUGCUGUUUUAGUUAAGGUCAUGGGUCCAGGUCAUGAGUUUUCCUUCUCUGCCCUAUAUUGCUAAAUCAAUUGACAUUACGGGGUUCAAGAGACGCUGCUUUUGGCUCGGAUUGUCUGCUUUUGAUGCACAUUAACAUGUUUCAGUGUAUGUGUUGCUUCAACUUCAAUGUAGGGAGUGAGUUUUAUUUUCCGUAGUAGCUGGAGCCUCUAAUGACUUGGAGCAUUUUAAAUUUCUGUAUAUCAGAGUGCAAGCCCUUUGCUGCAGUGACUUUCAGUAUAUUUAGUCUCCAGUGACAAUUUUCACCUCUGACCUUUUACUCUUCCAGCUCUUUGAUGGCGUUGACGGUGACUUUUUGUGAGAAGUUCUGAUCACUUCUUUCAACAAGUUGUAUUUGAAGUUUUGCUUUUUAUUAUUACAAGAUCAAUAAGUGUACUGAAUAUUGCUGAUUUGUUCCAAGGGAAAAUCUGACUUGAUGUCAUUUAGUAUUCUGUGAACAUCCCAUUAGCCUACAAGAUACAUACUCAAAUUUGUUUGGGGGAUCCUUAUUUGUUAACUCAAGUCUUGACAUAGAUACAGUCUGAAAUCUGCAGAAAAGCAACCCAACCACUGCAGGAGCAAAUAAUGUCAACAGAAAAUGACAAGAUUAUGAUGGGAAAUGUUCAGUUGACAGGCUUGAACUUGUUUUGGUAUAAGAAAGCAGUAAUAAAACACUUGCUUUCAACAAUUUUGUCAUAUCUUUGUUGAACUAAAAAGGGGGGAGACUAUUGAGUGUUAAUACAUUCACAGGUACAGAGCCUGACAUCAUGGAGUGAGGACGCUGUUGACUCCUGCAAGGUCCUCAGAGUGUCUCACUCAAUCUCUCUCUCUCUUUUUUUUUUAUAUAUAUAUAUAAAUAUAUAUAUAUAAAUAUAUAUAGUUGAGAACUGUCCUGUAUAUAACAGUAAUGUAGCAAUAAAUGUGCCAUUUUUAAUAACAGAUUAUACCUUUUCCAAUGUCUGGCUUUUGAAUAUUGUAUACAUAAAAAGGAAAAUAAAGGAAAACAUUGUAAUAAAGGGUUUAUUGUAGUUGGAAAA